AUGCCCUACAAUCUAUCAAGCCUGCCAUCGCUCAAGGGCGCAGUAUUUCUCGUUACUGGUGGGAAUACUGGUAUUGGCUACCACACUGCAAAGCAUCUCGCUCUGAAGGGCGCUCGGGUAUACAUUGGCUCGAGAUCUCCUAAGAAAGGAGAAGACGCAGUACAGAAGAUGAAAUCAGAAGCUACUGGUGUCGACAUUGAUAUCCAUGUCCUUCAGAUGGACCAUAUGGAUUUGUCUUCUGUUGUGAGAGCGGCAACUGAGUUCAAAAGCAAAGAGACUAGACUCAAUGGGCUAGUGAACAAUGCUGGAAUUAUGGCCACGGCAUUUCAAAAAAGCGAGACUGACGGGUUUGAAGCCCAGUGGCAGACCAAUUACCUUGCUCAUUGGCUCUUAACUUGGUAUUUGCUCGACACACUAGCCAGCACUGGUACCUCUACAAACCCAGCCCGAGUGGUCAACGUGACGAGCAAUGGUCACAACUUCGCUCCAAAGGGUGGAAUCGACUUUAAUGAUAUCGACCAAACCAAAGGUGGAAUCUGGUCCCGAUACGGUAUGAGCAAGCUUGGGAAUAUCUUACAUGCCAAGAAGCUCAACCAACUAUUUGGUCCUGAUGGGUCGAAUAAAGAGAAGGGUGGGAUAUGGACUGCUGCGGUGCAUCCUGGUGCCAUUGAUACGGAACUCAAUACACAGGCGGAUGUUCCAGGAGUCUUCCAGAGUAUGCUGAGGUGCUUUGGUGUUUAUAAGACACCGGAUGAAGGUUCAUUCACGUCGCUCUUUGCCGUUGCGGGUCCAGAGUUUGAACAAAGCGACAGUGGAGGCUAUUUCGUCCCAGUGGCUAAGAGGGCUACACCCAGUGCUUAUGCGAGGGAUGAAAAGCUCAGCAAUGAGCUAUGGGAUUGGACUGAGUCGGAGAUGAGAUCUAGGAAACUGAUAUAG